GAUGAAUUUAUUUUCAGUAGUUAGUCCAACAAUGUGGCAGAGAGUUAUAAUUUUCAGUUGUCUUUUAUGGAUGCUGACUGAGGCGGGAGCGCCUUGUGGCCUCCAAAUGGAGUGUGUUCCCCAAGGUCUUUGUGGACUAGGUUCCUGGAUCCUAAAUGCUGGAACUACUCAAACGCAUUGCCAGAGAUGGGAAACAUGCUGUAACAUUUCUCAAGUGUUACCUGUGGGCGCCCCAGUAAACUGUGGUCACAGUAACCCUAAUGGUCUGGAUAAUACAACCCCGGCUCAUGUUGAUCAGGCAAAACCCAAUGAAUUUCCAUGGAUUGUGGCGCUGAUGAAACAAAAGAGUCAGUUUUUUGGAGCCGGAACUCUGGUAACCGAAAAUGUUGUGAUAACAGCAGCUCAUUUGGUGAACGAUAAGUCGUUAAAAGAUUUUGUGAUCGCCGGUGGUGCCUGGGACUUGAACGAACUGUUUAGACCCACGGUUGUAUCACGAUCUCCGGCAAGGAUUAUAUCGCAUCCAGAAUUUAAUAAUCUUACCGGUGCAAACAACAUAGCUUUGAUCGUACUCGAUGUUUCGUUUGAGAUGAAACCCUACAUCGGAACCAUUUGCUGGCCCAAUUCGGAAUUCUCUUUGCAUCAAGAACGCUGCGUGGUAGCCGGUUGGGGUAUACCAAAUCCCGAUGUUCCAAAUUAUUCGUUUAGACAGAAGAAAAUUUGGUUGCCCAUCGUAAGCAAGGAUCUAUGCGAGGCCCAAUUGCGGAGGACGGAACUGGGAAGGGACUACCAACUGGACCCCACCUUGCUAUGUGCGGGUGGAGAGAGGGGUCGGGAUGCCUGCCAGGGCGACGGUGGAUCCCCGCUUAUGUGUCCCAUUCCCGGACACCCCACGAUCUUCGAGUUCGUCGGCAUUGUCAAUGGUGGCAUAUCGUGUGGACGGGAAAAUGUCCCCGCUAUCUAUACGAAUAUUAUGCAAUUGAAGCCCUGGAUCGAGAAACAUCUAAAUGAGGAAAUCAACAAACCGUAUAAGACAUUUCCCAUUUAUAAUAUAGAUUACGAUUAAAUUCAAAGGCACAGCUAAAAAUAAAUACUAAUUUAUAAUUUAAA